AUGGAGUAUUACACAGCUAAUGGUGGCUUGCGUCUAUACGGCGACUCACGAGGUGCAGGUGACAUUGAAAUAGGACCUGAUCCGACCUUCAUAUGCCCACCCAACACUCCCGUUGCUCCUCAUCCGGAAAAGUGCGAAUUGUACUACACCUGCUAUCCUGGAUAUCCUGUCACUCUUUGGCAAUGCUAUUCAGACUACUUGUUUGACCUUACCUACUCGGGUUGCAAUUAUCCUAUAGAGGUUGACUGCGGAGUACGAAAUCGUCCUGUUACGAAUGCACCGACGACCGUUACGACCCCGAAAACCACAACCGCCCCAUCGAGCAACACUGUGCCACCCAACCAACCGACUUUCAAUUGCCCAACUCCUGACGGAUUCUUUGCCAUUCCCAACACAUGCACAGGGGAUUAUUAUGUGUGCGUCAGUGGAUCUCCAUACGUAUCGACUUGUCCAAAUGGCAACAUUUUUGAUCCCGCAACAAAAAUCUGUACACCGCCUGCAAAUGCCACUUGCACGAAACCUGUGUUCACCUGCCCUACUCCUGAUGGUUUUUUCCCAAUCCCAGGUGCCUGCAGCAACUCGUAUUAUGUUUGUGUCGGGAAUGUGCCGCAUAUACAGUUUCCCCGAGCACAACAGCAAUGCCUACUAACAAAACCCAUUACAACAACGUCAACAACAACACCGUCAACAACAACGACAUCUACGACCACGACGCCAACAACCACGACCCCCACAACUACGACCCCCACAACCACGACGCCAACAACCACGACGCCAACAACCACGACGCCAACAACCACGACCCCAACAACCACGACCCCAACAACCACGACCCCAACAACCACGACACCAACAACCACGACACCAACAACAACAACACCAACCACUACGACGCCAACAACAACGACACCAACCACUACCACGCCAACAACCACUACAACGACACCCACAACACGCCCGACAACAGUGGGACCAUUCACCUGCCAGACGUCGCAUGGCUAUUUCCCUGUUCCAGGUGUCGUAUGUAGUGCACAGUACUAUAUGUGCUCCAACUAUUACGCAUAUCUUAUGGACUGUGCUGUGCCUACUGUUUACAACCCGACCAUCCAGACUUGUGAUUGGAGUUAUAACGUAGCGGGCUGCCAAAACAAUACGGAUGGCUUUCAAGUCCUGGAAAAAGGCACAUCUAAGUCAUCACUUCGCGUCACUUCGCUGUUGUGCAAUGUCGAGAGAAGCAGAUUUCAAGCUUCAACAAUGGCCCAUUUUAAACACUUACAAUUCUAUCAUUUCACGUUUUUCUGUGUUACUACGUGCACACAGAGAUUUGUCAUGAAGACAUUUCCGUCGCUUCUCUUUGGAUUCUUGUUAUUAGCUUUUUGCCAACCGGACUAUGUGUCCAGCGCGACGAUCUCAAAGCUGCCGGCCUUUUUGAGCAAGAAAUGGGAUCCAUACUCCCGAGGUGCAGGCGAUAUUGAAAUAGGACCUGAUCCGACAUUCCAAUGCCCACCCAACACUCCCGUUGCUCCUCAUCCUGAAAGAUGCGAACUGUACUACACCUGCUAUGCUGGAUAUCCUGUCACUCUUUGGCAAUGCUAUUCGGACUACUUGUUUGACCUGCGCUAUUCCGGCUGCAACUUCCCUUACGAUACGGACUGUGGCGACAGACUGCGUCCCGGUCAGACCCCACAAACGACGACUAGCACAACAACGACUACGAAACCCACCCCUGAACCGAAUGUUCCGGCUUUUACUUGUCCUAGCGAUGGAGGUUUUUAUCCAAUUGAUUCCGACGGAUGCUAUCGACAUUAUUACGCCUGCGUCCAGGGAGUGGCUUACGUUAUGCUUUGCCCACUUGAUGAUUUAUUCGAUCCAGUCACGUUUACGUGCGAACCACCAAACGAUGUCUCUUGUCAGGAACCGGCAUUCACGUGUGAGGAGGAUGGGUUCUUCCCUGUUGAAGGUCAAUGUACUGGAGUAUAUUUUAUUUGCGCCUCUGGCGUAGCCUACGAAUCGCUUUGUCCUAACAACGGAAUAUUUGAUCCGGAUAAACUCAUUUGCUCCACCGCCGACCAGGUGUCUUGUUCACAAGGUUCGGCUAGCACAACAACCACGGUGACAACUACAACCACAACUCCCACAACAACACCAACAACAACCCCUACCACAACACCUACAACAACCCCUACCACAACACCUACAACAACCCCUACCACAACACCUACAACAACCCCUACAACAACCCCUACUACUACAACCCCCACAACAACCUCUACUACUACAACACCAACAACGACAACUCCUACUACAACAUCAACCACAACGCCAACAACAACAACUCCAAGCGGUGAAUUUGAUUGCCCUCCUAGAGAUGGCAAAUAUCCCGAUCCGUCCAAUUGCCACGGAUAUUACGUUUGCAUUUCUGAAGUCGCUUUUCCUUCGAACUGCCCUGAAAAUGGAUGCUUUGAUGCUGCGUCGCAACUGUGCACGCAGAAUUGCUCGGGAUGCACCCGUUUCUUUCCCGCUUUCGUCUAUAAUUAAUCGAUUCGAUAAUGUUUCGAAAAACGAUGGCCAUUGAAAUCACGGAACUCCAAAGACCAGUUUUUGAAUAGCUCAUUUUCACGUUGAAGAAAACUCAACUUUAAUUAAUCUAAGCUACGAAAUCAAAUGUUAUGACAACGGCAAAAUAAACGCUAUAUGUAAACGCA